AUGGCGAACACAAGGAUGACAUUGCACAUGUGCUACCUCACCAUAUUGUUACUGCUUGCAUUACUGGCACCACCGUGCACGCCCGUCAGCGACACUGACGACGGUAGCAACAGCGCGGGCGUCGACGGGAGUCGCCGUGCGCGCGCCGAGGCCACCGUCGACGACAUUUUGUCGGCGCACAAUGAGGCGCGGAGGAAGGUCGGGGUGGAGCCCCUGACGUGGAGCCAGGGGAUCGCGGGAUACGCCAAGGACUACGCCCGCUCCCGCCGCGCGGACUGCGCGCCGCGGCGCUCGUCGCUGUUCUACUUCGGUGAGAACAUAGAAGUGGGCAAAGGGCGUCGCUGGGGCGCCGGGGCGCUGGUGGCGCAGUGGGUGGACGAGGGGCGGUGGUACGACUACGGCAGCAGCUCCUGCGCGGCGCCGGCGGGCUCGUCCGGAUGCGGGCGGUACACGCAGGUCGUGUGGCGGAACACGACGCAGCUCGGGUGCGGUAAGAUCGUAUGCGACUCCGGCGACACGCUGCUCGUCUGCGACUACUUCCCGCCCGGCAACUACGGCACCGGCCGGCCAUACUGA